GCUAUGAGCCAAACCACCAUCAUCCUGGGAACAGAUGGGAACACGUCUGUUCAGCCCGGCACCGUGGCGGGGGUAAGUCAGGCUGACGAGGAGGACGAAGAGGGAGAUGAAAAUAAGGCCAGAGGAAACUGGACCAAUAAACUGGAUUUUAUUCUGUCUAUGGUGGGCUAUGCUGUGGGUCUGGGGAACGUGUGGCGGUUUCCUUAUCUUGCCUUCCAAAAUGGUGGAGGAGCUUUUUUGAUCCCCUACCUGACAAUGUUGGGCAUUGCCGGCGUCCCCAUCUUUUUGAUGGAGGUGGCCCUGGGCCAGUUUGCCAGCCAGGGGCCCGUGUCAGUGUGGAAAUGCAUCCCAGCUCUGCAAGGUUGCGGGAUUGCCAUGUUGAUAAUAUCUGUCUUGAUAGCCAUAUACUAUAAUAUUAUUAUGUGCUGGACACUGUACUACCUGUUCGCUUCGUUGAAGGGCUCACUGCCAUGGGCUAACUGUAGGAAUGAGUGGAACACGGCGGAAUGUAAGGACAAAGACAUGCUGCUGCUAGACUCGUGCAUCCUGCGGGACAGAAACUUCACCUCCAUCAAGAACUCCUCUUUCUGUCUGUCCGCAAACACUAUGGGAAACCUGAGCAAACUGCUGAACAUGACGGUGGACGGCAACCACACCUACGUCAGCCCCAGCGAGGAGUACUUCAAGUACAACGUGUUGCACAUCUCCAAAGGAAUUGAGUUUCCAGGAGAUAUCCGCUGGCCUCUGGCAGGCUGUCUGAUGCUCGCCUGGUUAAUCGUCUACGCCUCUCUAGCCAAAGGAAUCAAAUCGUCAGGAAAGGUGGUGUAUUUCACAGCCACCUUCCCCUACGUGGUGCUGGUCAUCCUGCUCAUCAGAGGAGUGACCCUCCCUGGUGCCUUCAACGGCAUCCUCUACUUCAUAACUCCAAAGUGGGAGAAACUGUGGUCUGCAAAGGUGUGGAAAGACGCAGCCACUCAGAUCUUCUUCUCUCUGUCGGCUGCUUGGGGAGGCCUCAUCACUCUCUCUUCCUACAAUAAGUUCCACAAUAACUGCUACAGGGAUACUAUUAUUGUGACAUGUACAAACAGUGCGACCAGUAUAUUUGCUGGCUUUGUCAUCUUCUCGGUCAUUGGUUUCAUGGCACAUGAGUUGAAAGUGCCGAUAGAGGAGGUGGCGGAUGAAGGUCCAGGCAUAGCGUUCGUGGUGUAUCCAGAGGCUCUGACCAGACUUCCACUGUCUCCUUUCUGGGCGAUCAUUUUCUUCCUCAUGCUCCUGACUCUUGGCCUGGAUACCAUGUUCGCCACCAUAGAGACCAUCGUAACCUCGGUGUCGGACGAGUUCCCCAAAUACUUGAGGAAAAACAAACCUCUCUUUACUUUGAUCUUCUGUGCCAUCUUCUUCGUCUGCGGGUUCCCCAUGAUUACAGAGAAUGGGAUGUUCAUGCUGCAGUUGGUGGACACGUACGCAGCCUCCUACUCUUUGGUCAUCAUUGCGAUCUGCGAGCUGUUGGGGAUUUCCUACCUCUAUGGUCUGCAGAGAUUUUGUGAGGACAUUGAAAUGAUGAUUGGUUUCCAGCCAAACCGAUUCUGGAGAAUCUGCUGGGGUUUUGUGACUCCAACCAUUCUGACGGGCAUCCUGGGAUUGAGUCUGUACCAGUGGAAGGGGAUGACGUACGAGGACUACACCUACCCCACCUGGUCCAUGGUUAUGGGCUGGCUCAUGGUCUGCAGCUCCGUCAUCUGGAUCCCCAUCAUGUUCUGCGUUAAGAUGUACCUCGCACCCGGCAGCUUUAGAGAGCGCCUGAAGCUGGUCUGCUCCCCUCAGCCCGACUGGGGUCCCUUCCUGUUGAAGCACCGUGGAGAACGCUACAAAAACAUGACCGACCCCCUGGGAACCAACUCUCUGGGCCUCAAACUUCCCCCCAAGGACUUCCAGCUCGGCACCUACCAGUAACCAGUAGCAGUUACCCUGACAUAAUUGCACCAACAACCUCCAACCCCUGCAGGGGCCACCUGGAAACACCCCUUCCUCUCCCUUCUCUCCCUUUCUCCUGUUUGUGCUUCACCCUCAUGUGUCCUGUCAUCCUCCCUGUUUGGUGGAUCUGCAGACAGUCCCCCUCUCCCUUCCCUCCUUCCUCUCCACCCCCUCCUCUCUUCUUUCAUGGAGGAGUGGCUGCCCAGGUGGGGUCUACUCCUCCUCUGCGGCUUCGUACUCGGUUAAUGGGCUAUCAUUGCCCCCCACACAUGACCACUGAUUACUUCAGAACCCUUCCCAGGGAUCUUUAUUCCAAGAGAAAAUUGUGUCAUAAAAAUGACACGGCUCAGACUGCACUUGCAAUAUUAGACUCACCAUAGCUGCCCCCUAUGGAGUCGUGUGUGUACGUGCGUUUGUGUGUGCGUGUGAUAAUGAAUCACUUGGUGCGAGCAGACACAGGAAAACAAAAAUAAAAUUGUGUGACAGAGAAGCAGCGGUUCAAUGAGCUCGGCGGGGAUCUGUGUUUUGUUCCAUUCGUGUACACAUUUCCAACAGCAUUACAAAUAAUAUCAGCCUCUGGAAAAAAGAAGAAAAAGAAAAUUGCUCUGGUUUCACAUUUUGUUCCUAUCCAGCAGUAUAUAUGUAUAUUCACAGCAGCUCCUGCUCACUCGCUCUUGCUUUGUUAAAAAUAGAUUACACGAUGUGCAAUGUGUGCCUCCUCUUCGCAGUAGAGUAGCGAAUGCAUCCUGAUAACCACUUUCAGUAGAUACACUUCGGCCUGGAUGACUCUGCAGUAUGGCAGAAGCUUGGGUCUAUUUUUCUCUCUGAAUCCAAGUGACUAUUUGUGAUACCCUCUCCCUUGGUCUAUUUACUAAGUUAUACUCCUGGUCUCCUUUAUUGUAUUAUUCUAAAAUGUAAAGAACACAUUCCCAAUGUAGGACAUCACUAGAGUAGUCUCUCCUUCCUUUAGUAACGUGGCCAUUUAACCAAUUUAACACACUAAAACCUGACCUUAUAGUCACUCUGUGCUUAUAUUUUAGACAGUGUAUUAAUCUCUGUAU